GCAAAGGAGUAUGAGAUUUGGUUGAACGCCGCAAAAAUCCUGAAAAAAGAAUUGGAUAAUAUUGUUGAUGUUGGAUUGGCUGCUGGCGGAGAUAUGAAAAUGGAAAUUGAUGAAAAAGAGGAGUUUAUUUUGUAA